UGGGUCAGAGGCUGAUGAGUCACUAUAUAAGACAGGCAAGGACAAGAAGGUGUAUGUUAGUGUACACUCCAUUCUCUCGUGGCUCGCACACGCGGCAGUGGAUGGAGAAUUUUUGGCGAGUUGUGACAGAAUUCGUAACUCAUUGCAUUUUAUUCGCGCGCCGCAAUACCUAACCGGCGCGUUGUGGUUUUUAGACUUAAAAAAAAAAAAAACUUGAACUAAAAAAAUUUCUUUCUUCACAUUUUCGAUAGAUAAAAAAAAAGGGGUGCAAAAAUGUUCGCGAAGUGUGUCAUCCAGUGGUUGUCGCAAAUUGGUGGUGCCGAUGCCCUUUCAACCCUUUUGGUAUUCCUUGGUGUAUUGGGAGUGGUGCGAAUUUUACAGUGGAUCAAAACAAUUCGAUCCCUACCACCUGGACCAUGGGGGGUUCCCAUUCUUGGUUAUCUACCCUUUCUCAAGGGAAAAGCUGUUCAUCUUCAUUAUGCCGAAUUGGCCAAGAAGUACGGCUCAAUGUUCAGCGCCAAACUUGGAACACACCUUGUUGUCGUUCUCAGUGAUUAUCGUGCCAUUCGCGAAACUUUUCGCCGAGAGGAGUUCACAGGCAGACCACACACUGAAUUCAACAACAUCCUCGGUGGAUACGGUAUUAUUAAUACCCAGGGUGCUUUGUGGAAAGAUCAAAGAAAAUUCCUUCAUGAAAAAUUGCGAAGCAUGGGAAUGACUUAUUUGGGUGCAGGAAAAAAGAUAAUGGAGUCUAAAAUUAUGCAAGAAGUGGAUUCUUUUAUCAAAGGAUUGACAUUGAGACGAGGUGUACCAACAAAUAUGUCUUAUUCUUUGAGCAUGGCCAUCAGCAAUGUUAUCUGUUCAAUUACCAUGGGGGUACGCUUUCACCAUGGUGAUUCAAGAUACAAAAAAUUCAUGUCUCUCACUGAAGAAGGUUUCAAACUUUUUGGUAGUAUUGUUUAUGUGAAUUUUCUACCUAUUUUGAAAUAUCUUCCUGGACUGAAAUACGUGAUGAGUAAACUCGAUCAAAAUAGAGGUGAGAUGGCGAAUUUUUUUCAAGACAAUGUGGAGCAACAUAGAAAUACUUUCGACGCGGGCAAUAUCAGAGAUCUUGUCGAUGCAUAUCUUUUAGAGAUUGAGAAAGCCAAGGAUGAGGGACGCGAACUCUUUCAAGGAAAAAAUCACGACCGUCAGUUGCAACAGAUCUUAGGAGAUCUCUUCACAGCUGGAAUGGAGACGGUGAAAACAACAUUGGAGUGGGCUGUGGUUCUCAUGUUGCACCAUCCAGAGGCAGCACGUGCAGUUCAGGAGGAGUUGGACCAAGUUGUGGGAAGGUCGAGGAUGCCAACCCUUGAAGAUCUUCCUUACCUUCCACUCACUGAAGCUACCAUUUUGGAAAUUUUAAGGAGGUCCAGCAUCGUCCCCAUGGGAACAACUCACGCCGCCACUAGAGACGUGACGAUGAACGGCUUCACGAUUCCAACUGGUGCGCACGUGGUACCACUUUUGCAUGCAGUGCACAUGGAUCCAGAAUUAUGGGACGAACCAGCUGAAUUUCGACCUGAACGUUUUCUGUCCGCUGAGGGCAAGGUCUGCAAACCAGAGUAUUUCAUUCCAUUUGGAGUUGGAAGACGUAUGUGUUUGGGCGACGUUUUGGCACGAAUGGAACUCUUCCUCUUUUUUAGCUCGCUUCUUCAUACUUUUGAUAUUACGUUACCAGAUGGUGCGUCGUUACCUAGUCUUCAAGGAAAUGUUGGUAUCACUGUGACGCCGGAUCCUUUUGAGGUUUGCCUUUUGCAAAGAAUUCUUAAUAAAGAUUGCGUAGGAGGAUUCGCUGCUGAUGGCACCAGUACUGGGCCACUCAGAAACGUUGGCAGUCAUUAAAAAAAAAAAAAAAAUAUUGACACGUUAGAGCACGGUUUCCGUUCCUAUCACUUUGACGAGGAGGAUGAGUUGAGUUCAAUAUUAAAAGAAAUGUGCAGAUAGAAAUUGACAAUUAGGUGAAGAGUGUGCCAUUUCGGAAAUAAUGAAAUGCAGCUUUAACGGCGUUUUGGUAGCUAAAAUGGUGAUACUUGAUUAUAAGGAUUUGUGGAAUGCAAAGAAGUUGGUGACUGAUGAAGAUAAAAGAAGAGAUACCUCCUCAAUUAUUUGCGGAAUAAAAGUACAAAUUGGAGCCUUGGAUCGUAACCCCGCUCAUAAAUAAAUAUAUAUAUUCAACCCGCCGCCAUUUCACAUAUUUAUUUGUAAUGUUGAUUUACUAUUUAUUUGCCUUUAGUUACCGAUUCCUAGGACCUGGAAACGGAUCCAAAAUCCUUCGAAAGUCAAUGUUGUAAUAUUAACAAUUAGAAGGAGAAAACUAAAGAUUAUUUUACAAGACUGGAUAACAAUAUUUGUUUGAGAAAAGAAUUUUUGGAUCAGUGCCCGUUAUAUUUAGUUAGAAGAGGCAUAACUGUGAGACGACAUUUUUACUCUGUUUUAUUAGUUUUUUCAACGUUCUUUUACAUUAAAUUUUAUUCGAUUAUUGACGAAUCGAAGCGCUAAGAGACGCCUUCUUUUUCAUGCAUCCACUGUAAAUAUUUUAUGUGAGUGUUUGAGAUCAUAUUGUAAUUAAGCAUGUGUGAAUGUGUAAUUGAUUGUUAUAAAAGAUUAAUUUAUAUUGAUCGACGAAUGAUCAUUCGUGGGAGUCAAGGAUAUUGCCGGAUAUAUAUCGACGAGAUUGUUACCGGUUAAAAUCUUUGAUCGGAUUUUCUAGUCCGGAAUGUUUUACUUAUUUGUGCGAUAGUUGAUGAGUAAAUGAUAAAUAAUUUUUAUAUGUGUGAACAUUUCAUAUUUGCGAUUGAUUGAUAGUUACAUUUAUGUAUAUAUAUAAAAGCGCUCAUAUUAAAUGGGCCCUGUGUUCACUCAUCGACCGUGAUUUAUGUAUAUUUUUGGCGUAAUUUAAUAUCUUUUGAUACGAAAAUAAAAAAUUGUUUUUGAAAAA